UUCUCCAAUAUUCGGUGAUCGAAGGGACUGGUUAACGAGACGAUCGUCCGUAGCUGCAUGAUGUUCAAAUCGACAUUCCUUGGGAAUUUGAAUUUUCCACUAACAUCGUAGUGCCUCGGCAGCAAAGGAAGAUCCGUUCCUCAGAUUAUUUGCUCGCCUCAAGUGCAUGCGUGUGUGGGAGUUCGAAGUGAUGAAAGCAGCAGUCAACUAGGAGCUUUUUUUGGAGGAGAUGUCAGAUGCCUGCGACUUGGAUCGAGCACAAAAUGCAGCGAGAUGAAAAACGCGGGAAAACGCUGGAUCCGCAAAGAGAUGUGUGAGCAAUAAUAGAGAAAUGAGAGAGGAAGAGAGAAUUGUACCGGAAACGGCAAAGAGGAGGAUAGAGCUCGUGAAGCUCUGCAGACAAGACGAUAAGACGUAAGAGAAACGAGGAACGGGACGCGGGGAAUGAACGGUCGGAGCUGCGUCCAUCGCCAUCGUGGUGACCGCAUCGCUACAAUGAGUUUAAUUCGUUCAUUGAAACCACCGUAUGGCGCAGUCCGCGUGCUGCCAUCGUUGAUAGAGUAGCAACGAUGAGAUCGUGAGCAUCCGACUCUGCGAGCCAAGAUGUCUGGAAUGAGACAGAAGUGCACUAUAUAUGCCAGUAGCUGUAUAAAGUAUCUAAGCAGAGACGUCACGAAUUCUCGGCGGAGAACUAUACUCCGAAGUUGUUAGCCCGUACUUACCGGAAUGACGUGCUGUCAGUCUUGCCCUCCAAGGAGAUCGAUUGUUAACUCGGCGUUCGCAGCCCAUUCCUUUUUGCUGGUCGACCGCGUUUCAUAAGUUCACGAAUUAUUGGCCAAGAAAUUCUAUUGUUUUCUCUUCUCGCGGUCAUGGAUCAGAUGGUUCAGAAAUGCAAUCACGUGACCGGUGUAUCGCCGUCUGCGCAACGUUUUAGUUGUACAGCCAGUCACGUGACAGGUAUGACAUACAUUGCGUCUGACGUGUCACAUGUCGUCUAUUCUACUGACACCGACAUGGCGUCCGUCAUCAAAGACACGGGCGAGAUCUGGGGUAGAUUGUUCGACCAUCGUCCGUUCAUCCAGGGGGAGGUCACGUUCUUUCUGCGAGAAUUUCAGGAAAAAAGAUCUGACAGGGAGGUAGAACGUCUGUUUAAAAUACUAGAGUACACGACAGAACUGAAGGAGAGCCAGUUGGAUCGCACUGAGCAGCUUGGCGAUUGUCAUUUACCUAGUCUCAAGGCAAAUGUCGAUGUCGCGCUGAGUAUGUGCAACCGUGUUUUACAGAGGGAGGAAAAUUUCGAUAGUGAUAAUGUUUUGAGUGAGAAUAGAUUGCUUAGGAAAAAGGAAUGGGAGAAAUUCAUAAAUGAUAUGAGCAAUAAGUGUGAAAAGGUGGACCAGACUUUCCAGGAGAAAGAAAACGAAAUACAGGAGUUCUAUGUUGACUUAGAAAAGAAAUUGCAUAUUACGCCAUAACAAUUAUUUGUUAGUCUAUCCGUGCAUUACCUCUCCUAGAAUAUCUCAACGUUUAAUAAAGACCUAAUUAUUUCCUUAAGA